UUCAAUCGUCCUGUGCUGGGGGUAAGUGGGUCUGAGAUGCGUUUUGAGUCUGGCCAUCAUGCAUGAUGGGAAAUGACAAGUCUAGUCUGCAGUUUUCAGAAAGCCACAUUCCUCCCUUGACUGGACUCCCACUAGAACCUCUAUGACGCAGAAGAAACCUACCUGUGUCCCCUUCACAUGCUGUGGUCAAUGUGUCAGCUUCAUGAUCCAGGCUCCUCACCACAUCCUCUGCACCGGUCAGUCGAGCGGAGUCACUGCGUCCUGGCAGCAGAAGCUGCACCAUGUCCAUGUCGCCCACGGUCAUCAUCCUGGCCUGUCUUGGGUUCUUCUUGGACCAGAGGGUGUGGGCACACGUGGGUGGUCAGGACAAGCCCUUCUGCUCUGCCUGGCCCAGCGCUGUGGUGCCUCGGGGAGGACACGUGACUCUUUGGUGUCACUAUCGUCCUGGGUUUAACAUCUUCACGCUGUACAAGGAAGACGGGGUGCCUGUCCCUGAGCUCUACAAAAGAAUAUUCUGGAACAGUUUCCUCAUUAGCCCUGUGACUGCAGCACAUGCAGGGACCUACAGAUGUCGAGUUUUUCAUCCGUACUCCCCCACUAAGUGGUCGGCACCCAGCAACCCCCUGGUGAUCAUGGUCACAGGUCUAUAUGAGAAACCUUCUCUCUCAGCCCAGCCGGGCCCCACGGUUCCCGCAGGAGAGAACGUGACCUUGUCCUGCAGUUCCCAGCGCUCCUUUGACAUGUACCAUCUAUCCAGGGAGGGGGAGGCCCAUGAACUUAUGCUCCCUGCAGUGCCGAGCAUCACUGGAACAUUCCAGGCCACCUUCCCUCUGGGCCCUGCCACCCACGGAGGGAACUACAGAUGCUUCGGCUCUCUCCGUGACUCUCCCUACGAGUGGUCAGACCCGAGUGACCCACUGUCCGUUUCUGUCACAGGAAACUCUUCAAGUAGUUGGCCUUCACCCACUGAACCAAGCUUCAAAACUGGUAUCACCAGACACCUGCCUGCUGUGAUUAGGUACUCGGUGGCCACCAUCUUCUUCACCAUCCUCCUCUUCGUUCUCCUUCGUCGCUGGUGCUCCGACAAAAAGAAUGCUGCUGUAAUGGACCAAGAGCCUGUGGGGGACAGAACAGUGAACAGGGAGGACUCUGAUGAACAAGACCCUCAGGAGGUGACAUACGCACAGUUGGAUCACUGCGUUUUCACACAGGGAAAAAUCACUCGCCCUUCUCAGAGGCCCAAGACAUCCCCAACAGAUACCAGCGUGUACAUAGAACUUCCAAAUGCGGAGCCCAGAUUGUUGUCUCCUGCCCACGAGCACCACAGACAGGCCUGGAGGGGUCUUCUAGGGAGAAAACAGCCCUGUCUCAAAACCGGCUUGACAGCUCCAAUGUACCAGCAGCUGGAAUCUGAAGGUGUGAGUCUGCAUCUUAGAGCAUUGCUCUUCCUCACACCACAAAUCUGCUGGCUCUCUCUUGCUUGCCAAUGUCUGUGGUUCCCACUGCCCACUGGAGAGAAAACGCACUCCUUUGCUUAGCCCACCAUUCUCCACUUCACUUGACCCCUGCCCACGUCUCCAACCUAACUGACUUGCUUCCUAGUCCUACUGGAGGCUGCAGUCACACUGAGGAACUCACAAUUCCGAACAUACAAGAGGCUCCCUCUUAACACAGCACUUAGACUCGUGCUGUUCCACCUUCCCUCAUGCUGUUCCAC